AAUUAAUAUAGUCCAUGAGAUGUACACAUCCCCACAAUGACAUCUUACUAAUUUGUAGCAAAAAUAAAUAAAUGAAAAUAUAUUCUUCUAUAUUUCAAUACCAACUUUUAACACUACUUGACACGUCAAGCUAUUACUUAUCAACAGUGAAGUAUUAAACGUCAAAAAUGAUUAAGGUGGCAAAUAGGUUAGGUUUUUAAAUGUUUACCUAAUUCCGAGUAAUAUUCGACAAAUUUAAGUUACAAUAUGUGGUCGUUUUUUUCUCGCGAUCCGUCGAAAGAUUUCAAUUUCGAAAUUGGAGAACAAAUAGGCGGGCUGCAUGAAAAAAGCGUUUGGUCCUUGCACAAAGGCAAAAAGAAGGGCUCAAAUGAAGAGGUGUCAGUUUUCGUUUUUGAUAUUAAAAACUGUAGUGAGUCUCAAUUGGAGAUUGCCAAGUCCUCUAUUAAGAGGUUAAAAACAUUACGGCAUCCAAGUGUUUUAACUUAUUUAGAUAGUUUAGAGACUGAUAAAUUUUUAUAUUUAGCUACUGAAUAUGUUGAAACUUUAGCCAAUCACUUGGAUAAACUUCCUUUGGAAAAGCCACAAAAGGAAUUAUAUGUGGCAUGGGGUAUAUUUCAGAUUACGAGAGCAUUGUCAUUUUUAAAUAAUGAUGGUAACUUGAGGCAUAACAAUGUGAACAUUUGGUCAGUAUUUGUAAAUGUUUCUGGGGAGUGGAAACUAGGUGGUGUUGAAUAUAUUUCGAGUGCCCAAGAUAAUUCCAUUACAAUUUACAAAUGUUUGCCUAGUUUAGAUUUAUAUGAUCCACCUGAGAAAAAUGACAAUAAUAAACAAAGAAUGGCCACAAAAUGUUCGGCAGACAUGUGGGGCUUGGGAUGUCUUAUUUGGGAAGUUUUUAAUGGACCAGCUCAAUCGCAAGGAUCAUUUAAAAUGUUGGAUAAAAUUCCAAAACAAUUAGGGCCCCUCUACUAUGAACUUGUUGGCACGAAUCCAUCAUCAAGACCAAACCCAGCUGACAUUAUAACCCGUUGUCGAAAAUUUGGCGGCUACUUCAAGAAUGACCUGGUGGACACGCUGCUCUUUCUUGAGGAAAUUCAGAUUAAGGACAAGAACGAGAAAAACAGAUUUUUUUCUAAUCUCACACCGCAUCUGGAUAAUUUUCCAGACAAUGUGUGCAAACAUAAAAUUUUGCCCCAGCUCAUCACUGCUUUCGAGUAUGGCGAUGCCGGUAGUGCCGUUCUAGCUCCCAUGUUUAAGUUGGGUAGAUUGCUGGAUGAAGCAGAAUACCAGAAGAAAAUUGUACCUUGUGUUGUAAAAUUAUUUGGAAGUAAUGAUAGGGCUACCAGAUCUAGACUUCUUCAGCAGCUCGAGUAUUUUAUUGGUCAUCUACAGUCAGCAACUGUCAAUGAUCAGAUAUUUCCUCAGGUGGCACAUGGUUUUAUGGACACCAAUCCCACAAUAAGAGAACAAACUGUCAAGUCUGUCAUACAUCUGGCUCCAAAACUCAAUUACAACAACUUGAAUAUAGAGGUUUUAAGGCACUUUGCCAGAUUGCAGUCGAAGGAUGACCAAGGUGGUAUUAGGACUAAUACUACUGUUUGUUUGGGGAAGAUUGCACAACAUUUACAUCCACAGAUGCGACAAAAAGUUUUGAUAUCGGCUUUCAUUCGGGCUAUGCGCGAUCCUUUUCCUCCUGCAAGGAAUGCUGGUGUUCUGGCACUAGCUGCCACUCAACAGUAUUAUUUGUUGAGUGAGGUAUCUACAAGAAUUUUGCCAGUAUUGUGCCAUUUGACUAUGGAUCCUGAGAAAAGUGUUAGAGAUUCCGUAUUUAGAACUAUAAAGGGUUUCUUAGGAAAACUGGAGAAGGUUUCCGAGGAUCCCAGCUUGAGGGAAAGUAUGGAAGCGGAUGUAAAUACGGCGACACCUAGUUUGAGUAACGCAGCCGCCACAUGGGCAGGUUGGGCAGUAACUGCAGUCACUGCGAAAUUUUACAGAAGCCAAUCGGACACUGUGAAAUCAAUGAAUCCAAUGGCCAAUAAAAUGCUCAGCAAACCAGGAUCAUUAGAGCAACCGUCAAGUAGUAGCAUAUCAACAACAACUUCAAGUGUGACGUCGAUGACAUCAUUGGAACACGAGGACGGAAGUCGUGGAAACGAUUCCGUUUCUGAUUACGAUUAUGAUCAUUGGGGUGAUAAUGAUAAUUGGGGUGAUAUGGAGACGGGUGGACAAGCUGUUAGUACCAGUGGAAGCAAUAGCGGCGGUGGAGCAGGUCACUGUAGCGAUCCUACUAGUCCUCCAUCUGGAUCUGGCGGAACAGCUAGGAUUACAGAUGGUUGGGAUAAUGAAGAGUGGGGCAGUUUAGAGGAAGAACCAGAGGUUGAGGCAGAUAUGACAUCACCAUCGGAAGCAUGGAGUCCAACAGAUUCUACGCCAAUCAUUUCAGUGGAUAGAAAUAAUGAAAACCAUAACUGGAGUCAAAGCAAUACUAAUGCACCAUCUACCAAUAAAUGGGAAGACUCUGAAUUUGAACCGCUAGAAGAAAAUCCUGGAGGCGGAACUAAUCCGAAAUUGGAGGAAGCUAGGAAAAAACGGGAGGAGCGAAAAUUAAUGAGGCAAAAGGAACUAGAGGCAAGGCGUGCAAGUAGAGGUCCAGCUAGUGGUCCUAUGAAACUGGGCACAAAGAAACUGUAACCCCAUGAUAACUUGUAAAGACAAAAACAGGAAUAUUAAUUAUGACGCGGCAUGGUUCAGUUACACAUAACUGAAGCAUCCAAAAAUUUGAUAAAAGAUUCAAAGCAUAUAUGGAAGGAAUUUAGUCAGGGUGGUAUUGGACACCAAAAACGAUCCUGUCCGUUUUUCAAUUUUUUAUGUGUAUAAAAUCUAUCUAACAAACUAUUAAUCUUAUUGUAUAUUGUGAAUGGUCUUAUUGGAUCUAUGUAACAUGUUUUAUCUAUAUAUAGAAUAAUUUAAUUAUAAUUAUAAAUGUGUAUAAUAAAAAUGUUACAAAAGAUUUGAGAGCUGCACAUAUCUAACAUACUCUUACUUAUUCAUGUCUUAAAUAUUGGUGAAGACUGAUAUUAAAACGCAGUUUAAAAUUACAUGUAUAAAUGAAUGUUAACGCGUUAUCUAAAGAAACCGUUUGCGUUUACUGUGCUUCAGGUACUCUUUUCUUUAAUUUUAUAUUCUUACCUAUGCGACUCUAAUAUUAAAUGUAAAUGUUACACUGCCGUUAUCUUCAGAUACCGUGUACACAGAAAUUUUCUUGAAUAAACUUUACGAUGGACUGGACCACAUUUAUCUUAUGAGUGCGUGACAAUGUGUUGGCAUACUGUACUGUCGUCAAUAUUAAUUUCUUAAUGCUCAAGAAUUAGCAUAUGUACUACAUUUUUUGAAAAACUGUUUUAACUAAUGUGUGAAUCAAAAUGCAAUAGUUGUAUUCUUGGCCAAUUUAAUUGUUUAUAGUGCUGGUCUAAUUGUAAGCUUAUUGGAACGCUUAAAGAACUUGUUCAGCUUGUUUGGAAACUAAUUGCUUCAUUCAAGCUAAAAUAUAUUUGUUGAGAAUAUCGUAUUUUGGUUUAUACUUUUAACAUCAUAGUGGCUUCACUUGUUUUAGACAGUUAUCCCUGAAGUCCCCCUGAACAUACCAAAGUAUAUUUCUUCCUGACUUAAUUAUAUAUUAAAAUAAUUUAGGCAUGUGAUUUCAUAACAUUUUUAAAAGUAAAUAUGUAAAUUUUUAUUAUAUGUAUAAUGAAUUCGUUUUGAGAUUAAAUUUACUUAUGCUUUGAUAUUUAAAAUAUAUAUAUAUAUAUUUUUA